AUGGAUCCACCUUCAGUGGUGAUGGAUCCACCUUCAGUGGUGAUGGACCAACCUUCAAUGGUAAUGGACCCACUUCCAGUAGUGAUAGAUCCACCUCCAAUAGUAAUGGACCCAUUUCCAGUAGUGACAGACCCACUUCCAGUAGCAACAAAUCCACCUCCAGUAGUAAUGAACCUAACUCCAGAAGUGACAGAUCAACCUCCAACAAUAAUGGACCAACCUCCGGUAGAUAUAGCAAGCAUUCUUUUGGCCCUUCAACAAAGCAUGAAUGGUAUUACCAAUAAGGUUGUCACUAACAAGGAGGCUUUUGCCGAAUUGCAACGCCCAUUUGGGGCGUCUACAUCUCAUCAUCCUCCAGUGAUUCAUCAUGUUCUGGAACCACCUCCGCCAGCUGAGAAACUUCUUGACCCCAAUUUUCAUCAUGUUCUGGAACCACCUCCGCCAGCUGAGAAACUUCUUGACCCCAAUUUGCAAGAAGACUUGAAGGUUUUCACAUAA